AUGGCGGAGCUUUUACCUGAAACCGGCCAAUUUGUCUCCGACUUGUUGAUUUCCAAGUCGACCCAUUUGAAUCAUCUGAAGCAAGUUCAAUCCUUUCUCGUCGUUGCUGGACUAAGUCACUCACCGUUCCUCUGUUUCAAGCUCCUCCGCUUCUGCACUCUUCGUCUCUGUAACAUCUCCUACGCUCGUUUAAUCUUUGAUCGCUUCUCUUACCCCAAUACGCAUCUCUACGCCGCCGUUUUAACCGCUUACUCUUCUGCUCUCCCUCUCCAUGCUUCCUCCGCCUUCUCCUUCUUCCGUCUUAUGGUUAGCCGCUCUGUUCCUCGUCCUAAUCACUUCAUCUACCCGCUUGUCCUCAAAGCAACACCGCAUCUCUCCUCUGCUUUCUCCACUCCUUUGGUCCAUUCGCAUUUGUUUAAGUCCGGGUUCCAUCACUACCUCGUCGUGCAAACUGCUCUGCUUCACGCAUACGCCUCCUCUGUUUCCCACAUCCCUCUUGCAAGACAAGUGUUCGACGAAAUGUCUGAGAGAAACGUUGUCUCUUGGACUGCUUUGCUUUCUGGGUAUGCUAGGGCCGGUGAUAUCUCCAAUGCUAUUGCUCUCUUUGACGAAAUGCCUGAGCGUGAUGUCCCUUCCUGGAACGCCACUCUUGCUGCUUGUACACAGAACGGUCUCUUUGCGGAAGCGAUUUCUCUGUUUGGAAAGAUGAUCAAUGAGGCUAAUGUUUUUCCUAAUGAGGUAACUCUAGUUUGUGUCCUAUCCGCGUGCGCUCAAACUGGUAACCUUCAGCUAGCCAAGGGGAUUCAUGCAUUUGCAUACCGUCGUUCCCUUUCUUCCGAUAUUUUCGUUUCGAAUUCGUUGGUGGAUUUGUAUGGAAAAUGUGGCAACUUGGUGGAAGCAAGCUCUGUUUUUAAGACGGCUAACAAGAAAAGUUUAACAGCUUGGAACUCCAUGAUAAACUGCUUUGCUCUCCAUGGUAGAAGCGAAGAGGCCAUAGCGGUGUUUGAAGAGAUGAUGAGUAAAGAUGUAAAACCAGAUCACAUUACUUUUAUCGGUCUUCUCAAUGCAUGUACACAUGGAGGUUUGGUAACAAAAGGUCGAGAAUAUUUAGACCUCAUGACAAACAGAUACAAUAUUGAGCCAAGGAUUGAGCAUUACGGCUGCCUAAUAGAUCUUCUAGGCAGGGCAGGUUUGUUUGAUGAAGCAUUGGAAGUUAUGGCCGGGAUGAAGAUGAAAGCAGACGAAGCUAUUUGGGGAUCAUUGCUCAAUGCCUGUAAGAAGUAUGGCCAUUUGGAUUUGGCUAUAGUUGCUGUUAACAAUCUGGUUACUCUAAAUCCCAACAAUGGAGGUUACAUCUCUAUGAUGGCAAAUUUAUAUGGAGAGAUGGGUAACUGGGAAGAGGCACGCAGAGCUAGAAAGAUGAUUAAACACCAUAAUGCUUAUAAAACGCCAGGCUGUAGUUGGAUUAUGAUCGAUAGUGAGGUCAAUCAGUUCUAUUCUCUUGAUAAGUCGCAUCCGAAGAGCGAGGAGAUAUAUAUGAUACUUGACAGUUUGAUGUCUUUAUGACAUCUCGGGAUGGUCCUAGAUUUUUCCAUAUCACCUGAUAUAGCUGUGUAUUCUUCUUUCUAAUGGCUAGUGUCAUGGACAAUGGAUGAUUUACACUGGAAAUUGAGAAAAGCUGCGAAAGGAAUAAUUUUUCCA